GACUGGAGAUAUGUCAUGAGAAGGCAGAUGCAAGAGAUUGUACCCAACCUGUACCUGGGACCAUAUGCAGCAGCCAUGAAAUCACAGCUCCAAUCUCUACAACAACAUGGCAUAACCCAUGUAGUGUGCAUCAGGCAGAGCAUUGAAGCAAACUUUGUGAAACCAAACUUCACAGAAUAUUUUAAGUACCUCGUAUUAGACAUAGCCGACUGUAUGACAGAGAAUAUCAUCAGGUUCUUUCCACAGGUUAGAGACUUUUUAAAUGAUUGUUUUCAAAGCGGUGGUAAGGCUCUUGUACAUGGAAAUGGUGGUAUAUCCAGGAGUGCUGCUUUAGUGAUAGCUUUUAUUAUGGAAACAUAUGGAUUAUCAUUUCGUAAUGCCUUUGUGUUUGUACAACAAAGAAGAUUCUGUAUCAACCCAAAUGAAGGCUUUGUCCAACAGUUAAUUGAAUAUGAACCCAUCUACAGAGCAAAAUUGAAUUUCCAAUAUGGUGAUAGAUCCAGAGAUAACUCUUAUCUCAAAAGAAAACAUCCCGACGACGACGAUUCCUCAGACAAUGAUUUCAAGGAAAUGAGGGUUGAUGAUGGAUGAAAAAAAUGAGAAAAAUAAUCAAAGACAUGAUGCCAGCAUGCCUGAUGGAGUCACAUGUAGCCUGUUGGGCGGUAGUGAAAAGGCCAUUCAUACCUAUGAUACAGCCUACUCAAUCAGAGGGAAUAGGACACAAACCAUCAAGAAAUAUAUAUUUUAUGCUAUAUCUACAUCUACUAGUCAUAACAACUGUGUUCCCUACCAUCAUUUAUAAUACAUGUAUUUACUUUAUAUCAGUAUCAUUAAACAUCACCAAUGACUCAAUUGAAUUUUAAAAAUGAUCACUGCAAUAUUCUUGUUUUUACAGCUAUAUAUAAUUUACUUAUAUGUUAGCAGUGUAUGACCAAAGAAACAUGUCUCAACCAAACAUUCCCCGACUUAUCUAUCCGAAUCGAACAUAUGUGAAUAUUAAUUUCUAAUCUAAAUAUUUCAAAACCUUAAUUUUCAAACCAAUUAUUUCCCAACCUAAAUUUCUAAACCAAUUAUUUCCCUACCUAUAUUUCCAAACCAAGCAUUACCUGACCUUAAUUUCAAAACCACCAUAUGUUUUCCACUGCGACUGAUUUGAGUACCAACUCUAUCUCAUAGUAUUGAGAAUUUGAGACUCAACAAGAUUUUAGAAAUGGUGCAUGUUCUUGACUUGCUUAAAUUGACUGUUAAUGCUAAAAAAAAACUAUGAAACACAGUACUUGUUGUCAUGAAUAUUUGCAUCUAUUAAUUGACCCAUUUAAAAAUAAUUUGUUCAUUUUUUUAAGAAGAAAAAUGGGCUGCUAGUUUACAUGACUUUAAAAUAUGCAGUCAGUUGGGAAAAUACCAGGUAUGAUGUUUAUUUUCUAGGAGUUGACUGAAAAUAAUGCAAGAUGCAUGACUAGUGUAAAAGUUAGCUUGAAAUAAUAGACAUAUAUUAAUAUGCAUACCAGUCAAGUUUCAGUUUGGGACUUAAUUGAACCUUGCAAAAUUUGGUUCCUUCAAAACUGGAGAUUUUGAAAAUUAAAUAAAUCAUUUUCCCUUAUCUAAGGUAUUAUCCUUUAAGUUAAGUUAUGAUAAGGUUUUUUUAGCAAAAAAAUGAUUGGAUUGGUCAUGUUUUCCAGUUUUUACUUUUUGAUAGGUAUACAUGCUUGUGCGUCAGUCUGCCUGGCGUAGUAUACCCAGUGAUAAAUACUUCUGUAGUAAUUAUUGUUAUAGGAUCUUAAUUGUCUUCCAUUGUCUAGACUGUGCCAGAAGUCAAUAGCAAAGAUCUUUCUGGAAUUCUGUGAAAGUGCCUUCAAUAUUCCCUACACUUACCAAAGAUGAAUACUUCCAGCAACAUCCACAAUUGGAUUGUAUGAUAUCACAAUAAUAUGUUCAAACAGACACAAGACCAUGAUAUAUUUAGAAAUAGUAAAUACACCAGACAAUUCAUGUAAGGCUAAAUAAGGAAAUUUAAAUAUAAAUUAAGAUAAAAUAUGACUAAAAUUGUUUCCAGUCAAGUUUAUCUGUUCAACUUGUAUUAAAGUACCUGGUACUGCAAGAGUGCAUAGGCGAUAUCCAAGUUUUCCAUAUUUAUAUAAUUCUAAGAAAGAAGUAGAAUUUCUCAGCUUUUUUGUUUGUUUUGUUUUGUUUUCUGAUAAACCAUUGAUGCAUUUCCACCAGCUUUAUGAACCCGACACAUCAAAUUAAUAUACGUACAACUUCAUUAAUUAAAUGUAGAUUGUAAUAUAUCUUAUCAGACAGUUACCAGUGAAAGGGCUAUGUGAAAAAAGUAUGGAAUAGUUUGUUGAUGUUGAAUAAAAUUUGUUGUACUAAAUGCACUGUAAAACAUCUGAUAUAAUGAGAUCUAUUGAGCAAUAAAGUUGAUGUUGAUCUA